CGGCUUUUAUGCCAUGGAGAGGAACGCAAACCAGGAACCCAAAGACGAGGAGUCCGAACACAAGGAAUCCGAAGACGUCGAUUAUCUCAAGCUUGAACCUCAACAACGUGAAGAAAUUAUAUCUAACACGCUCACCUUUCUGCAAAAUGUCUGCGCACAAAGUUCGGCACUCCCAGUGUCGAUGCAGGAGGAUGUCUGGCGCAUGUACUACGGGACUAUGUGCCAGAUGGUACACCUUCAGAUGGGAAACUGGACGUCGCAAGCUUCUGGAUCACAAAGGUCUCCCUCUGUGGGUCCGACCAAUCAGCCAACAGAUCCUGCCAAUUCUGAAGCUACUGCUCGUCGGUCAUCAGCCGAGGACCUCUCUCACAAUCCAGAAACAGGCAAUAGAAAGUCCACGUAUGAACUCCCUCCACCGAUCGACGGAUUCAUAUAUUCUGCCGAAUCCCACACCUUUGAGUCAUUGGCCAAGGAUCUUAUUUCUCUGGCAACGGCGGCGGCUGACCCCACAAAUGCGCAGCGAGCCGAUACAGUCAUAAUCAUUCUUCGAGGGAUCGCCUUCCUGAGUGAAGCACCAAGGGUUUUCGCUCCGCGUGACAAGUUGGUGGAGUGCUUACUACGCCUGAAAGCUACAGUGCAUGACAUUGUUCGUCAGCUGGGUGACAGCCUCGCUGCUGCCGCGUCUUCCCCUGAGUCGGUAACUGGUUCGUACUCGGAGGAUCGUGAUGUGCUUCAAGCAGCACAUAAGACAUUGGACGCUUUGACCAAGCUUUUCGGAGAGAACUCGACACCGGCUUCUGGAGGCGAAGCUGCAGGAUCAGUGGGCCCGGGGGCCCGUGAUAGGACUGCGACCGGGAGUGUCAAUGUUUCUGACCCAUCGUCUCCAUCUGCUUCGUUGUCUUCAUCUGCUUCGCCAAGACCGCUGCGUUCCGAGGAUGACACGGCUGCUUCAGCAGCCAAUUCUCCGCGAAACGAGACAACCACUGCCAGUGACCAGCCUGUCGUUUCCGAUUUUUCAUCAGCUUCAUCUCCAUCGCCUUCCAGCGAACCGAGACCAGCCAUGCUCCAUCACGACACAAGCCGUACGGCUGUGGAAACUCCACAGAACGGCUCAGUCACCCCGACGGUCCCUCCCGCGCCCGCGUUUUCGCCGAACGCUUCAGAUAAUGUCUGACGCGGAACACUUUACUCCGCGGAAGUACUCAGCCAGUUCGUUAGAUGUUGAGGUCCGGCUAUGACGUGAUAUAGAUGCUUUCUUGACCAGGGUUCUCCCUAUGCUACGCUCGUUCCGACUGCGAUGUGAGAUAUAUGCCUCUUCUGACCGAAUUCCCUCUAUACUACGCUCGAUUUCUUGUACUUUCCGGUCAUUGAUGUGGCUCAGACUACUUUGAUGAUCCGAAGCGUAUCUCAUAUUGCCUGGAAAACGAAGGUCUUGUGAUGGUUGCUGCAGUCUCU